AUGGCUCUUAGAGAGGGAUCAUCACCUACAAACUCAGACAUCAUGUACCACCAAUGUACUUCACACUUGCAAACUCAACCACAAAGUGGCAUGCAAAAGAGAAAGGCAGGGAGGAAGAAGUUCCAGGAGACGCGGCACCCGGUCUACAAAGGCGUUCGGGAAAGGAAUGGGAAAUGGGUUUGCGAGCUUAGGCAACCUAAAAAGAAAUCUCGUGUAUGGCUCGGGACUUGGCCUUGUCCAGACAUGGCUGCUAAGGUUUAUGAUGUAGCUGCCUUAGCUCUCAAGGGCGAGUCUGCUUCUUUGAAUUUUCCUGAAGCGGCAUGUGUUUUACCACGCGUUAAAUCUUCAUCUUCCAUAAGAGACAUAGGGUGUACUGCAACGAAGGCUGCACAGGCAUUUCCUUGUGUAAAAUCAUCAUGUUCUAGAAAUUUGUUCUUGGACGAGGAGGAGUUGUUUAACAUGCCGAGGUUACUUGAUAGUAUGGCAGAGGGGUUGAUUAUUACACCCCUAUCCAUGCAAAAGGGGUUUAAUUGGGAUGAUUUGGAAAAUAAUACUAUGGACCUCACUCUAUGGAGAGACUGA